UCAACCUCCAAGUGAAUCUGCGCUACGCAACAGCACCAGGCAACGCCUAAUUCUUGGCGUAUAAUUUGACGAUUACUUAAUUUUAUAUUCCAUUCUAUUUGAUACUGAUUCGCGGGUGUGGUGAUGGCGGACUCUACUGACCGCGGUCGCUCCCAUACAGCUAACCCUUCCAAUGGACCCCGCCAGCCCGACGAACAAGAGAACCCCUUUAUAGCAAUUCGCCGCUAUGCUGAUGAGCAAUUCUCAGCGUUACUGCAAUCUUUUAUAGGACUUCCAUCUGUGUUUUCACCUCCCUCUCCAAGGGAUUGGUUGUAUUUCCAAGGAGGCGAUCCCGCAAUAAGAUUCCAUCGUCACAGAUUCCAAACACAAGAAACUGGCGUUGAUACUCAGGACUCACAGUCAAGGAUCGGCUCACGGCAGAGCUCCGAGAAGUGCACCUGUGGGCGUGAUGAUACCGUGAAAUCGUCGCGCUCUGAUGGGGAUGGUAUGUUUGAUCAGCGGUUAGAAAGCCGACGACAUUUUGAGCACCAAUUUCCGUCUUCGACUUUUGAAUCGCCGUUGGAGAACUUGUGGCCCUUUGACCCGUUGCAUUUCUUCUCGUUUCUACCCCGUCCCAGCUUCCCUUACUCCUUCGACUUCCUAGGCUCUCCAAACUCUCCGGGAUGGCCCAUCUCAUACCUUCUUUUUUCACCGUAUUCUCCACUCCACCUCGAACGUCAACAAAAUAUAAGGUGCAAGCCACAUGAGAAUCCAGUUUCUUCACUGCGCCCUGCCUUAGUACCCUUUCAUGAUGUCCAGGAGUCUGAGACCCCACGUUGGCGAGAGGCUUUUGAAGAUCUGUUGCGCGUCGAAAAUGGUCAAGAUAUGUUAAAUGGUGACGUAGGUGCGGUAGCCCGAAAAGAACAGCCAAAGGAUUGGGUAUCCGGUAUGAUCAGCAGGGGCAGCCUUGGUCCUCAUUGGACCCAUGUCAAAAACGGACGAAUCGACUAUUUCAACUACAGAUACAAGCAGUCCACUGAUGAAGCAGAUAAAUGGAAGGUUUCCCAGUCCGACUCUUCCAACGGGUAUGGUGAUCGGAAACACGAUGCGCCAGAAGAAAAGUGGCUCACAGAACUUGACCUUUACGAGAAGUUUCUGGACCAGGCGAACGAGCCAUCAGAUGAAGAGAGUAUACCCUUAGUGAGCCCACUCAUGGGGAUGUUAAUUGAAGAUCGCCAAAGAAGAAGGAGAAGGCUAUUGGAAGAACAAAGGCGAUGGCAUCAUGCGGCUGAGAAUAAUGAUUUCGACAAUGAGAAGGGUGACUCAGACGCAAAGUCCAAUGCAGCAUUCCCAAUGAAAACUUCACAGCAACAUUCCCCUUCUCCUUAUGUAACUUCCAUCAUCACCACCACCGCGCGAAGGACUCUCCCCGAUGGCUCUGUCCAGACUACCAUCACUCGAAAGAAGCGGUUCUCUGACCAAACAGAAGAAAACAAUGAAACAGUUCACGUGGAAAAGGCUGACGAAUUGCCGUCACAAAGCGAGAACAACAAGCCACAGAGCCUUGGACAGACUAAUGAUCAUGGUGACCAGAAGAAGGGUGGCUGGUUCUGGAAGGAUUGAUGCAUGUCCACUUUUCUCCACCUGUUUGCUUAUUCGAGUUCUUGGGACUAGUAGCCACGCCGUCUGCAUAUUGUGAUCACAGCUUAUUUAGUCUCCCUUCUACUGUCCCCUUUUAUUUUGUAUUUUGAUAUUUAGCUUUGAUGAUAAUUAAUGUUGGCAGUUGCUAUUUUACGAUAUUUUGAGUUUCGCUUGGUUGUUUGUUGCACUUGCUCUGUGUACUGUAGUUUAUUCCUUGCCAAUUUGAACAUCCUUGGAUUAACUCUUGUG